AUGCUGAGGAAAACAAAGCUGAACGAUGACGAAGUGGAAAAUGAUGAAGCAGAGGAAAACCGGUUCUGGAAUGCUAUGCUUAAAGCCGACAAAAAAGACUACGCAAAAAUCUGCGACGAUUUUGGUGUUAAAGAUCUCCAUCUCAUUAGAAGUGAGAUAUCCUCUGGCGAAGAAAGUUCACAGAGCCUCAGUCCUGGAAUCAGACGGAAAUCAAAGAACACUAGCACGAACCCAUUUGGGAAAGAGCAUACCGAGCUUUACUCUGAGGACGAUGGACCCUUGUCAACCAAACAAUUAGGUAUCAAUGGGGAAUUUUACGACGAUGAAGUUGACUCAAGCUACCAAUAUUCACAGAGCAGUGAAGAAUCUGAAUCAGAAUCAGGGACACAAUCUGAGACACAAUCAGACUCAGAAUCAGAGACACAAUCAGACACACAAUCCGGAUCAGAGACAGAAUCCGAACAUGAGGAAACAGAAAAAUACUGUCCUGAAGAUAACCCAGAUGGUGAAACAGUGAAAGUCUGCCAAAGUCAAUCAAAGAAAUCUGCGAGCAGGAGGUCAAAUAAGAUCCAACAUAGAAGCCAUGAGUCUGAGUCAAAUAAGGUGGACGGUUAUGAAGAGGAAGACAUAUGUGAAGAAGGUGUUGACAAGAGGUCAACAAAGUCAAAAAAGUCUAAAAAGAAAAGUCGCAGUUCAAAUCACACAGAUAUUGACCGCAAUGAGGGUAAGCUUGACAAAUACUGA